CAAAAUACUCGAAAGAAAUACUCGUCCAUUUCGAACGUUCAAACCACGUAAUCGCGUCUAAAAAUUACGUUAAAACAUCGUGAUUUUUUCGAAAAAAAAUUUCGCCGUGUUAUGACGAACGAAAAAGGUUUUUUUGUGGUAGAAAAUUGCGCGCGAAAUAUCGUUUUUAGUCGACCGUGCCAUGUGCAGCGAAUCGAUCGCUGGUCACGGUUAACUCCAUGUUUUUAAACGACCAAUCGUGUAACGGCGGGAAACACUCGUGACUCUAGGCAACCAAUCGAGAGCGCGCGAUUUGAAAUCCCUCUCUGUCCUUUGUGGUGGACCUUCAAGUUUUGUAUACAUCGGUCGGGUGUACUGUGCUGUCAGUGAGAAAUUAAUUUUUAUGAUUGAAUUUGAUGAAAAUUCAUCCGGACAACGUAAUACAACUCAAGAACAACGAUUGGAUGUUGAGAAAAUGUCCGCAGCAAUGGACAUGUACUUCAGUAUGACCGAUUCACUUUCCUUGCAAGAAAUGUUAGACAUUGAUAUAAAAACUGAAAUAGACUCGUUAGUAGGCGGCCAUAAUGAUCUUUCCGGAUUCAAUUUCUCCGAUUUGCCCCCCUUAGAAUUGGAUGAUCAUAGCGAUAUUCGAUGGUUUUGUAAUAAUUCGAACCAUUCGACGUCAAGUAUCGGCAUCGGAACUGGAGCGGACACCGAUCUGCCAAUGGUAAAUCCGAACGCUGUAAUGCCAAUCAUUUCACUCUCGCAAAGUAUUCGAUCGCCGAGCCCGCAGCCGAAAGAGAGUCAUUUAACAUUUUCGCCGGCGAAUAUUAAAUUGGCUUCCAUGAAACCUGUAGAAUCAGCGGCGUCGCCAAUUACAAAUAGUCGAUUUACUGUAAAGAAAGAUUUAAUGAAAAAUUUGAACGACAUUGAGGAGAAGAAGCCGGUGAUCAAAUCCAUACCGAUUAUUAAAACGGUCACAAAACCGUUAUUAACUUUUAAAAAUACUAUACAAAGACAAAUGUCACCACCGGUUACGGUAACUCAUAUCAAUCACAUAACUAAUGUAAGAACAAUAACUCAUCAAAGAAAACAAAAUAAUAACAACAAUCAUCGUGUUUACGAUGACGAACUACGUUCGUACCCGAAACCUGCUUAUAGUUAUAGUUGUUUAAUAGCUAUGGCAUUAAAAAAUAGUCGAACGGGAAGUUUACCAGUAUCUGAAAUAUACAAUUUUAUGUGCAAACAUUUUCCGUAUUUCAAGACUGCGCCGACGGGUUGGAAAAACUCCGUACGACAUAAUCUCUCAUUGAAUAAAUGUUUCGAAAAAAUCGAAAAACCCACGAUAAACGGCUCACAAAGAAAAGGCUGUUUAUGGGCUAUGAAUCCUACGAAAAUUAGUAAAAUGGACGAAGAAGUACAAAAGUGGUCGAGAAAAGACCCAUCAGCGAUCAGAAAGGCUAUGAUUUAUCCGGAUAAUUUAGAAGCUUUAGAAAGGGGGGACUUAAAAUUUUCCUGUACAUAUGAUGAAGCCGAUAACUUCGGGGAUUCUUGCGGUAGCGCUGAAAGUGAGGAAGGAUCCGAUUCUGAAGCUGAAAUGGAACAAACUAUCGAAGAUGUCGUCGAUGUUGUUAGUACUAAGGAGGAAAUUGUUGAAGAAGAAGAUAUGGGUGAAGAUUAUGAUGUUGAGGUAGCUGAUUCAUUGUAUGAAGGUGUAGAAGUAGCAGAUGAAGAAGAAUAUUUACGCGUUCAAAUGGCGUUAGCGCAAAAAGAACUGCUUGAAUAUGGUAGGACGGUUAGUAUAAAACGAAAACGGGCGGCGUACGUUAUCUAAAAAGUGCUGAAAAAAAAAGGACUGAAAGACGAGUGUUUUUUCUGCACGGGCUGAACUACUUAUUCGAAAAAUUUUGAUGGUUUUUCCAAAAAACGAUUAAAUUCGAGUGCAGUUUGAUAUAGUUGUGGAUUUUCUUUAAUAAUGUAACAUUAACUUCUUAGUUUAUUUGUGUAUUUCUAAUAAUUUUCUUCCAUUCGCGAAAUUAUUAGCGGAAAAAUUGAUUUUACUUAAAAAAAUAUAUAUAUGAAGAGAUGAACUAUCAAUGCUGUGUAGAAAUGGUGAUAAACGGACAUGUAUAUAUUAUUUUCCUGCCCUUUGAUAUAAUAAUUGAUAAAGUGUAAAUGUCGAAGAUUUGUAGGCUAAUUAAAACAACGUUACAGUAAAUUUUCACUUUAAGGUCGUGCAUAUCGUUGACUUUAACUCUGUGCAUGAUCGUUUUGUGUAGCUUAUAUAUUUAUUUAAACUAAAGAAAAAAAGAAAUGAAAACAAAAUGAUUAAAAGAUUAAAAGUUAGUUAGUAACAAAUGUGUUGUAAAUACUUUUUUUGUAUUUGUAAAAGAAAAUGUGGAUUUAAGUGGCAAUGUAUGUGUUAAUAUUAACUAACGGUCACCUAACCAGUAUUUCAGUAGGAAAAAUCCUCGUUAUUUUUUUGGUUUUUAUAGUAUUUUUCCUUGUAUCGGAAGUUUCGUAAAAACCACACGGAUUUGGAUAGAUUAUUGUAAUGUGCCUUUGCUCAAUGUAAGGUUUCUUUUCCGAUUUAUAUUAACAUUUUAUUUGUUUCUCGAUCUAAAUAUAGUGGGACCACGCCAAAAUUUUAUAUUCAUUCUUCUUGAGGUUGUUUUAAUUGCGAACGUCGUUUCUUACGAAACAAUUUAAACAAAGGGACUGACAAUUUGCUUUUUCGUUCUUAUUUUAUUUCUUAGUCUACAGUGCGUACUAAUCUAAGAAAAUCACAAAAAUCUCUUGUGCUAAUUUAACGAGACCCGUUUGUGUUCGCCGUUUAUCGUGUAAUAAUGUAUUCGAACUAACAAUAAGUAGUGGUUUUCGUUUUAAUUAUUAUUUACGUUUAUUUGUUUUAUUUUUAAUUUUUUUUCUUGUUAAUUCGGCACAACAGAUUUUUUACAUUUAGAAUAAAUAAUAAUUUAGUUUUUAGGAAAGAAAUGUGUAUUGUACUUGUAACAGUUUAAUAAUUGCCCUUAACAAUUAGCUUAGAUUAAUAUUUUGUAAUUUUGUAACUUACAUUGUACUGUAAGUGAAUGUACAAAUUUUGUUUGUAAAACUAACGUAUUUCAAAUAAAAGUUGUGAUUUUUUCGAUA